GAGCAGAGUCUCCAGUGUCCACAUGUCUGUCCAUGAAGACUGACUGGUCCAAGGAGAGUCCUCCAUACUUUAGUCCUGAACCUGGACCUUCAGACACAGAAGAGACGGAGAGGACUCAUGUUCCUGAGGUGGACCCACCGUCCUGUUCUAUGUGUCAGAAGGUCCAGAGUGAUCUGGUCCAGACCAGCUGUGGACACUGGUUGUGCAGACAGUGCAUCACUUCAUACUGGGACCAGUCUGGUUCAUCAGGAGACUCCUCCUGUCCCCAGUGUGAAGAAACAUCCAGAACAAGAGCUGAGCUGCAGAUCCACAGCUCUGUCCAAAUUGAACAUAAACUCAGUCUGAGGAGCAGAUGUGAAUGUGUGACUGAAGGAACUGAGGAAACAGGAAGUAGAACCCGUCUAAACCGGAUCUACACUGAGCUCUACGUCACAGAGGGACAGAGUGAAGACGUUCAUACCCAACAUGAGGUGAGGACGCUGGAGACAGUUUCCAAGAAGAUCAUCCAAGAAAGUCCAAUCAGGUGUCAGGACAUCUUCAAAGCCUUACCCGAGCAGCAGAAACCCAUCAGAGUGGUUCUGACCAACGGCGUGGCUGGAGUUGGAAAAACCUUCUCGGUGCUGAAGUUCACUCUGGACUGGGCCGAGGGUUUAGAAAACCAGGACGUCAGUCUGGUGGUUCCGCUGUCCUUCAGAGAGCUGAACCUGGUCACAGAUGAGCAGUACAGUCUGCUGACGCUGCUCCAUGUUUUCCAUCCAACAUUACAGAAGGUCACAGCAGAGCAGAUCAGUGUCUGCAAACUUCUGUUCAUCUGCGACGGCCUGGAUGAAAGCAGACUGUCACUGGAUUUCCACCACUGUCAGGUUGUUUCAGACGUCACUCACAAGUCAUCAGUCAACGUUCUGUUGACCAACCUCAUCAAGGGGAACCUGCUUCCAUCAGCUCUGAUCUGGAUAACAUCUAGACCUGCAGCAGCCAAUCAGAUCCCUCCUUCAUGUGUGGACAGGGUAACAGAGGUCCGAGGCUUCACCACUGAUGACCAGAAGGAGGAGUACUUCCAGAAGAGAUCCACUGAUGAAGAUCUACAAAGAGGAAGAAGAAGUAUGAAAAAGGACAUGAAACAAGUCCUAGAAGAGCUGACAAAGGCAGACAUGGAAGUCUUCUGA